ACUGUGCGAAUGAUAAGAUGCACAUUAAUUUCGGCAGGCAUGUAAAGAUCCAAACAGAGCUCUUUAUAUACAUAGACGAGCCUCAUAUAUUACAAAUAUAUUUUACGUGUUUAUUUCCCCAAUAAGGGAAUACACAUUUCUACAAAAAUGACAGGGCUACCCUUGCUGUUUAUGACCGCGUGCGUCGCUUUAAUAACUGCAGAAUCAUCUGUUUAUUUCCGAGAGCAAUUUGAAGACGGUGACUCCUGGAGGAGCCGAUGGGUGGAAUCAGAGCAUAAAUCCGACUACGGGAAGUUUGUGCUCUCCGCAGGCAAAUUUUUUGGCGAUGCUGAGAAAGAUAAAGGUCUUCAGACCAGUCAAGAUGCUCAUUUCUAUGCGCUGUCAUCUCGCUUUGCGGACUUCAGCAACAAGGACCAGUCCCUUGUUAUCCAGUUCACUGUAAAACAUGAGCAGAGCAUUGACUGUGGUGGUGGCUACAUCAAGCUUUUCCCAUCUGGUCUCAAACAAGAAGCUAUGCAUGGAGACUCCACUUAUAAUAUCAUGUUUGGUCCUGACAUCUGUGGACCCGGCACUAAGAAAGUCCAUGUAAUCUUUAAUUACAAAGGCAAAAAUUAUUUGAUCAACAAAGACAUCCGAUGCAAGGAUGAUGAAUACAGCCAUCUGUACACAUUAAUUGUCAAUCCUGACAACACUUAUGAAGUCAAGAUUGAUAAUAAGAAGGUGGAGUCUGGAUCUCUGGCAGAAGACUGGGACUUCCUUCCUCCCAAGAAGAUCAAGGAUCCAGAAGCGAAAAAGCCAGAGGAUUGGGACGAGAGGGAGAAAAUCGAUGACCCUGAUGAUAAGAAACCAGAGGACUGGGACAAACCCGAGAACAUCCCCGAUCCUGAUGCCAAGAAGCCUGAUGACUGGGACGAUGAGAUGGAUGGGGAGUGGGAGCCUCCCAUGGUAACCAAUCCUGAAUACAAGGGUGAAUGGAAACCCCACCAGAUUGACAAUCCUGCUUACAAGGGGAAAUGGGUGCACCCUGAGAUUGAUAACCCAGAAUACACUCCUGACAAUGAAAUCUAUAAAUAUGACAGCAUCGGAGUUAUUGGACUGGACUUGUGGCAGGUAAAAUCUGGCACAAUCUUUGACAACUUUUUCAUUACCAAUGACCCAAAGCUGGCAGAAGAUGUUGGCAAUGAGACUUGGGGUGCCACAAAGGAGGCUGAGAAGAAAAUGAAGGAAAGUCAAGAAGAGGAAGAGAGGAAGAAGCAUGUGGAAGAGGACAGUAACAAAAAGGAGGAAGCAAAGGAUGAAGAAGAACAGGAGGAUAAGGAAGAGGAGGAAGAAGAAGAAGAAGAAGAAGAAGAGGAGGAGGAGGAGGAGGAGGAAGAAGAGGAGGAAACAGACUCUAAACUCAAAGAUGAGUUGUAGAUUUAAAUAGAAACUUGAGAAAACAUGCCUCAUACCUUAUGACUAACAGGGUACGAGGUAGAGAGCUGGACUAAUGCUGGAUAUUCCUUUUGUUGUGUGUCAGAUGAUUCUGACAGUACUUUUCCCCUCCCACUACUACAAACCUAUUUAUAGAUUUAUCUUUUUCAUAAUCUUCAUUUGCAUGAUGCAAAGCAAGUUCCAAGCAUUUUCAGUCAGGGAAAAUCGAAGGGAGCAAACAUGAAAAUAUAACGUCCAUGUCUGUAGUGUGAAGUGAGACCCAUAAUAAUUCUAUGCUGAUGUUUACAAAUAUCAGAUAUCCAAUAUAAACUGUUGAUUUGAUUAGCAAUUUUGUGACAUGAAACUUGAAUCAUAAAGGUAAUCAACUGGUAGCUUCGAUUCUCAGGCCAUGUCCAAACUAAUAUGCAUUCCUUUGAAAGGCAUUGAUUAUUGGCAUUGAUUAUUCAUUUGUUUACACCCUGUCAUCCACAAUGGAAGGGUGUUUUUCUGCACUGAAACUGAGACUUUCAAAAAUGCUCUCUAGCAAUGCAUACUUUGGAGAACGAUGACGUUAGGAAACUGAAAACUGCAUUUUCAAACGGAAAAGUAUUAGUGUGGACGUGGUCUCAGAUACUAGAAUGAUUAUCUCCAAGAAUAUUUUCCUUAUCAAAUUGUGAUAUUGCGGAGCAAUUUUGAGGUACCGUUGUUAAGGUAAACUUUUUUUCUAACCUUUAAGGUUCAUUGUGUGCAGUUUUGAUCAGGGUUCGGAUAGAUGCUAUCUCAUCUACUUUGUUUUCAACUUGAACUGUUGUCUGUAAGUGUGUGUGUGUUUGGAGUUGAGCGAGCACAUCGCAUUGCAUGUUUUGUCUUACACCAAACCUCAAAUUCAUAGCCUAGAUAGGUAUAUGUAUAUUUUCAUGCAGGCACUGGAUCUCACAAGCUUUGCCACUGGCACUGUAGUUUUGAUUUGGCCCUAGUCAAUAAGCAAACUGUUACAGAGGAAAUUCACAUUUGGUUUGAUCAGCAUCGGUCUGGGAUGAUGUAGCUGAUGUGAAGGUUAGCCAAGCUGUUGAAAUGAAAAAUGUGCACAUUUGGCCAACAUGUUGUUUGGGAAAGGAAAAACCGACAUCAACAAUGGCUUCUCCGAGUAUCCGCCACUAUGUGUGUGUACCUGAAUCACCCUCAUUAGGCAAUGGUCUUGACAAAUUACUCUGCAAACAUUCUAAUCAGAGCUAAGCUGAACCUAUGAAGUUCGAAAUAUUGAAAGCUUGUGAGAUUUGCGUUGUCCCAUAGCAUUCUCUAGAAACACCUUGGCUCUCAGACAGAGUCAUGGUGAAUAUCGCACUGCUGUGCUUCAACCAGAUAUUACUCUCAACAAAAUAGUUUGUGACCUUUUUUUUUAAAGAUAUAUUUUGUACUUUUUGUGUUUGAAGAAUGUGUUGAAACAUUAAAAAGAAAAGCUCUGGUAUGAAAGUUGUCCAAAAAUAAAACUACAAA